AUGCUCGAAGGCAAGCCGGCAUUCGGCGCGGAAGUCAAUCUUGGCUCGUCACUUUCCGCUGAACUGCUGUCCCCGCUAGGUUUCGACUUCAUUCUCGUCGAUAACCAGCACGGCGCAUGGGACGACAACUCUUCUAUGUCCGCCUUCCGAAGCAUCGCGCUAGGCGUGGCAAUGCCGAUGGCGCGCGUCCGUCGUAACGAGUUUGGCGCAAUCGGCAGGCUGCUCGACCGUGGCGCUAUGGGCAUCGUGGUGCCGAUGGUCAACUCUGUCGAGGAGGCGGAAGCAGCAGCGGAAGCAGUGCGCUAUCUGCCGAUUGGCGGGCGUUCAGCUGGAGCGUUCGGCACCGGCUUCCUCGGCGGCGAUUAUAUGCAAUGGGCAAAUGACGAGAUAUUCCUCGCGGUGCAGAUUGAAACGGUCGAAGCCGCCGCAGUCGCAGAGGGAAUCCUCUCAGUCGAGGGCAUAGACGGUUGCUGGGUUGGCCCCGGCGACCUCAGUUACUCCAUGGGGGUGGACCUGUCGGACCCGGCGGGCUGGCAGGCGCACGACGACCUAAUUGUGCAGAUAUUCGAGGCAACCAAGCGCGCAGGCAAGAUACCCGGCAUCUACACGCCCAGCGCAUCGGAGGCAUUGCGCCGCGCCGAGCAGGGCGGGCUGUUCCUCACGGCAGGCGGCGACGGACCCUGGGUCGUCGAAGGCGCCCUCAGCACAUUGAAGGAACUCGGCAGAUAG